AUGGCGUCCCAACAGACUGCCGAUGGGGCAGCUGAAGCCCUCAUCAAGGAUCUCAAGUCAAGAACGAUCACCGAAGAUGCCAGACGACGCGUUGCCCAACAGCUCCGGGAGACUGUCGCUAUAGCGCAGCGAGACUUCAACCCCGAGCAGUUCCAGACCUUCUGGGCGCUGGUGCAGGCUAAGAUCAGCACCUUACUCCAGAGCGACAGCACCUACGAGAAGCUGGGUGGCAUCUACGCCAUCGACGUCUUCGUGGACUUUGAGGGCAUCGACACCACUGCGAAAUACACCCGUUUCGCCUCCGCCCUCCGGCGGCUGAUGUCUGGCAAAGACAUCAACUGCAUGCAGCCCGCUGCUAUGGUCAUCGGAAAGCUCUGCCGACCCGGAGGCUCCCUUUCUUCUUCCCUCGUCGAGACCGAUGUCCAGAUGGGACUUGAAUUCCUGCAAGAUGGAACGAGCGAGGAGCGGCGCUAUAGUGCUGCGCUUCUUCUUAGAGAGAUAGCCCGCAACGCGCCAACGCUCAUGUACAGCAAGGUCAAUCAGAUCUUUGAGUGGAUAUGGGUCGGCCUCCGAGAUCAGCGUCACCUCAUCCGAGUCACCUCCGCCGAGGCUGUUAGCGCCUGCUUCAAGAUCAUCAGGGAGCGUGACCAGGAGAUGCGCCAGUCCAACAUGGACAAGAUGAAGAAGGAGGCAAUCAAUGGCCUGAAGAUUGGAACCGUAGAGUCGGUUCACGGCUCUCUGCUUGUCUUCAAAGAGUUGCUUGAGCAGGGUGGUAUGUACAUGCAGGCUCACUACACUGAAGCGUGCGACAUUGUGUUCCGAUACAAGGACCACCGAGACGCCACUAUCCGCAAGACCAUCGUCUUCCUCAUCCCAGAUUUGGCCAACUACGCCCCGACCGAGUUCGCCUCAAAUCACCUGCACAAAUUCAUGAUCUACCUUUCCGCCAUGCUGAAGAAGGAGAAGGAGCGCAACGAUGCCUUCCUCGCUAUCGGCAACAUCGCCAAUGCUGUCAAGAGCGCCAUAGCGCCGUAUCUCGAUAGCGUCAUCACCUACAUUCGAGAUGGUCUCAGUCUUCAGGCGCGGAAGCGCGGAUCCGUCGACCCCGUCUUCGACUGCAUUAGUCGUCUAGCCGUUGCCGUGGGUCAGACGCUGAGCAAAUACAUGGAGGCGCUGCUCUCGCCCAUCUUCCAGUGCGAGCUCACGCCCAAGUUGACCCAGGCACUAGUCGACAUGGCUUUCUACAUCCCUCCCGUUAAGGCCGUUAUCCAGGAGAGAUUGCUUGACAUGCUCAGCAAAGUGCUCUGCGGCGAGCCCUUCAGACCUCUCGGCGCACCUCACCCCAACACGUUGUCAUCCGUCCCCGUCAUCGCCAAAGACCCCAAGGAUCCGCAGGCCUACGAGCAUCGCAAGGCUGAAGUCAAGUUGGCGCUUAACACGUUGGGCAGCUUCGACUUCUCCGGUCACGUUCUUAAUGAGUUUGUGCGCGAUGUCGCUAUCAAGUAUGUCGAAGACGACGAUCCUGAGAUCCGUGAGGCAGCCGCUCUCACCUGCUGUCAGCUCUACGUCCGGGAUCCUAUCGUGAACCAGACCAGCUACCAUGCUCUUCAGGUCGUCGGCGAUGUCAUUGAGAAAUUACUCACGGUCGGUGUCUCCGACCCGGAGCCGAGCAUCCGACGGACCGUGCUUGCCGCCCUCGAUGAAAGGUUUGAUCCUCAUCUCGCCCAGGCUGAAAACAUUAGGACUCUUUUCUUUGCCUUGAACGACGAGUACUUCCCCAUCCGCGAAGUUUCCGUCGAGAUCAUUGGCCGUCUCGCCCGGUACAACCCGGCAUACGUCAUCCCUUCUCUCCGCAAGACCCUCAUCCAGAUGCUCACCGAGCUCGAAUUCUCGGACGUCGCCCGUAACAAGGAGGAGAGUGCCAAGCUACUGAGCCUUUUGGUCCAGAACGCGCAGUCCCUUAUCCGACCCUACGUCGACCCCAUGAUCAAGGUUCUGUUGCCCAAGGCAAGCGAUCCAACACCCUCGGUCGCGGCCACCAUUCUCAAGGCCAUCGGUGAGCUCUGUACGGUUGGGGGUGAAGACAUGCUGUUGUACAAGGAUCAGCUCAUGCCGAUCAUCAUCGAUGCGCUGCAAGACCAGUCAUCAGCAGCCAAGCGAGAGGCCGCACUGCACACUCUCGGCCAGUUGGCGAGCAACUCUGGCUACGUCAUUGCUCCCUAUCUCGAAUAUCCCCAACUCUUGGACCUGCUCCAGAACAUCAUCCGGGGUGAACCUCAGCAUGGUGCCCUCCGCCAGGAGACCAUCAAGCUGCUGGGUAUCCUCGGUGCUCUGGACCCGUAUAGACACCAGCAAGUCGAAGAGCGCAGCCCCGAGAUCCAGCGGCGGGUGGAAAACACCCAGACCACUGACAUCUCCCUUAUGAUGACAGGGUUGACACCCUCCAACAAAGAAUACUUUCCUACAGUCGUUAUCAACGCACUGCUCGGUAUCCUUCGGGACCACUCUCUUGUCCAGUAUCACCAGGAUGUCAUUGGCGCUAUCAUGGCCAUCUUCCGUACUCUCGGACUCGAAUGUGUCCCUUUCCUUGACCGGAUCAUCCCGGCUUUCCUGCAAGUCAUCCGCAGUUCGUCCACCACUAAGAUCGAGGCCUACUUCAGCCAGCUUGCCGCGCUCGUCAGCAUCGUCCGCCAGCACAUUCGGAAUUAUUUGCCCGACCUGGUUGAGAUCAUGCAAGAGUACUGGAACACCUCGCCCGCUCUUCAGUCCACGAUCCUGUCUCUGGUAGAGGCUAUCUCUCGCUCGCUGGAGGGCGAGUUCAAGAUCUACCUCGCGGGGUUGCUCCCCCUCAUGCUAGGCAUUCUCGAGAAAGACGGUUCGGCUAGACGGCAACCGUCGGAGAAGGUCCUGCACGCGUUCCUGGUGUUUGGCUCCAGUAGUGAAGAGUACAUGCACCUCAUCAUCCCGGUUAUUGUCCGGACGUUCGAGAAGCCUAACACGCCUCCUUUCCUCCGGAAGUCCGCAAUCGAGACCAUCGGCAAAAUCUCCCGCCAAGUCAACCUGAACGAUUUUGCUGCCAAGAUUAUUCACCCGCUCACUCGCGUACUUGCAAGCGGUGACCCUACCCUACGCGCUGCCUCGCUUGAUACACUCUGUGCAUUGAUACAACAGCUGGGCAAAGACUACCUUCAUUUCAUGGGGACAGUGAAUAAGGUUCUGACUCUCCACGGAAUCCAGCACCAGAACUACGAGCUUCUCGUCAGCAAGCUCCAAAAGGGCGAAGUCCUUCCUCAGGACCUGAGUUCCGAGACUAGAUUUGUUGACCAGGCAGAUGAUAUGCCGUUCGCCGACCUCGGCGUCAAGAAGCUGGAGAUGAACGCCGUUCACCUCAAGGCUGCGUGGGAUACCAAGGGCAAGUCCACGAAGGAGGACUGGCAAGAGUGGCUGCGAGGCUUCAGCACAACUCUCCUUAACGAGUCGCCGAACCAUGCUCUGCGUGCUUGUGCCGCUCUGGGCAAUCUCUACCCUCCGCUCGCUCGGGAGCUCUUCAACUCGGCCUUUGUGUCGUGCUGGAGCGAGCUGUACGAGCAAUUCCAAGAUGAGCUGAUCUGGAACAUUGAGAAUGCGAUAAAAUCGGAGAAUGUUCCACCAGAUCUAUUGGGUCUCCUUCUCAACCUGGCCGAAUUCAUGGAGCACGACGACAAGGCCCUUCCCAUUGAUAUCCGCAUCCUCGGUCGUGAGGCGGCACGCUGCCACGCUUAUGCCAAAGCUCUGCACUACAAAGAGCUCGAGUUUCUCCAAGACCAGAGCAGCACUGCUGUUGAGGCGCUAAUCGUCAUCAACAACCAGCUCCAGCAAUCUGACGCAGCCAUAGGAAUUCUGCGCAAGGCUCAGCUGUACAAGGACGGUAUCCAGCUCAGGGAGACCUGGUUCGAGAAGCUCGAGCGCUGGGAGGAAGCACUCGCGUUCUACAACAAGCGCGAGAGGGAGAUUCCCGAUGACCAAACAGUUCCCGUCGAGAUCGUCAUGGGUAAGAUGCGUUGCCUGCACGCCCUGGGCGAAUGGGAGGCUCUCGCGCAGCUUGCCGGCCACACCUGGUCUAACUCGUCGCCUGAAGUCCAGCGGCGUAUUGCACCGCUCGCGACCACUGCCGCGUGGGGCAUGGGCAAAUGGGACUCGAUGGAUAACUACCUGCAGUCCAUGAAGCGGCACUCGCCCGAUCGCGCAUUCUUCGGCGCCAUCCUCGCUCUCCAUCGCAACCAGUUCCGCGAGGCCGCUCUGUGCAUCGACCAAGCACGCGAAGGCCUCGAUACUGAGCUUAGCGCCCUCAUUAGCGAGUCCUACACCCGUGCUUACACAGUCAUUGUCCGUGUGCAGAUGCUCGCCGAGCUUGAAGAGAUCAUCACCUACAAGCAGACCGAUGCCAAACAGCAGGAGACGCUCCGCCGCACCUGGGAGACUCGUGUCAAAGGUUGUCAGCGGAACUCGGAAGUCUGGCAGCGAAUGCUUCGGCUUCGAAGUCUCAUCAUGCAGCCCAUGGAGAAUAUGUCCAUGUGGAUCAAGUUUGCCAAUCUUUGCCGCAAAUCGGGUCGCAUGGGCCUGGCAGAAAAGACCCUAAAGCAGCUUAUCGGCACGGACGAUCAGCUCGAAGCCAUGAUUCCCAACUGGCAAGAGCGAGAGCGAGGAGGUACGAACCUUGUGCGCACGAUCCCGUCGCAAGUCACCUAUGCUGUUCUCAAGUACCAGUGGGAUCUCGGUCAGCAACCAGGAGCACGCCAGUCCGGCAUCUCUGAGAAGACGCUCUACUGCCUGCGUAAGUUUACUAAUGACAGCGCUUACCGGCUUGAGUCCGCCAAGCAGCAGCUUACGUCGCACACUGUGAAUGGCAUCGACCUUCCCAACAACUUCGCCUUUGCCGAGCUUCGCGACACGCCUCUGAACCCGGACGCACAGCGGGUGCUGCACGAGCAAACAACACUCCUGGCCAAGUGUUACCUGCGGCUAGGCGAGUGGCAAAUCGCUCUCAACAGCGACGAUUGGCAAUACACUCAGGUGUCGGACAUCCUGAUGUGCUAUGCUCAGGCCACCAAGUACAACCCCAAGUGGUACAAGGCCUGGCACGCCUGGGCCCUGGCCAACUUCGAGGUCGUCCAGGCACACAUGACCCGAAACGAGGGCCAGCUUUCCCGUGCCGACCACGGCAUGAUUGUUGAGCAUGUUGUUCCGGCGGUCCGAGGCUUCUUUGAGUCCAUCGCCCUCUCUCAGGGCAGUUCGUUGCAGGAUACCUUGCGUCUGCUGACUCUCUGGCUCACACACGGUGGUCACUCCGAGGUCAACGCUGCUGUCACUGAGGGCUUCACUCGGGUCAGCGUCGACACCUGGCUGGAGGUCAUUCCCCAGCUCAUUGCACGCAUCAACCAGUCCAACAAGCGCGUCCAGCAGUCGGUGCAUAACUUGCUCGCCGAUGUUGGCCGUGCCCACCCGCAGGCGCUGGUGUACCCUCUGACCGUGGCGAUGAAGUCCUGGCAGAACACGAGACGAUCCCGCUCUGCCGCCCAGAUCAUGGACAGCAUGCGCCAGCACAGUGCCAAGUUGGUCGAGCAAGCCGACAUUGUUAGCCACGAACUUAUUCGGGUCGCGGUUCUUUGGCACGAGCUCUGGCACGAGGGCUUGGAGGAGGCUUCUCGCCUCUACUUUGGCGACCACAACAUCGAGGGCAUGCUGGCUGUUCUCGAGCCACUACAUGAGCAGCUGGAGAGGGGUCCAGAGACGCUUCGCGAGAUUUCGUUUGCGCAGACCUUCGGCCGUGACCUUACUGAGGCCCGGGAAUGGUGCAGGCAAUACGAAGUCAGCCAUGAUGUGAACGAUCUUAAUCAAGCGUGGGAUCUUUACUAUCAGGUUUUCCGUCGCAUAACACGCCAGUUACCGCAGAUGACCAGCUUGGAACUCACAUACUGUUGCCCCAACCUCCUCAACGCCAAGGACCUCGAGCUCGCCGUGCCUGGUACCUACAAGAGUGGCCAGCCUGUUGUGCGCAUCAUGUCUUUCGAGACCACUUUCAGCGUCAUCAGCUCGAAGCAGCGGCCGCGUAAGCUCAACAUUAAUGGUAGCGACGGCAUCGGCUACACCUUCUUACUCAAGGGUCACGAAGAUAUCCGUCAAGAUGAGCGUGUCAUGCAGCUGUUUGGCCUCUGUAACACGCUGCUUUCCAACGACUCCGAGUGCUACAAGCGCCAUCUCAAUAUUCAGCGAUACCCUGCUAUCCCGCUGUCUCAAAACUCUGGACUGCUGGGAUGGGUGCCAAACAGUGACACGAUCCACGUUCUCAUCCGCGAGUACCGUGACAGCCGCAAGAUACUUCUUAACAUUGAGCAUCGCAUCAUGCUGCAGAUGGCCCCUGACUACGACAAUCUCACGCUCAUGCAGAAAGUCGAGGUCUUUGGCUACGCCCUCGACAACACUACCGGCCAAGAUCUUUACCGAGUGCUGUGGCUCAAGAGCAAGAGCUCCGAGGCCUGGCUCGAGCGGCGCACCAACUAUACCCGCUCUCUCGGUGUCAUGUCGAUGGUGGGCUACAUUCUGGGCCUCGGCGAUCGUCACCCGUCCAACUUGAUGCUCGACCGCAUAACAGGCAAGAUCAUCCAUAUCGACUUUGGUGACUGUUUCGAGGUCGCCAUGAAGCGCGAGAAGUACCCGGAGCGCGUGCCUUUCCGCCUCACGCGCAUGCUCACAUACGCCAUGGAGGUCAGCAACAUUGAGGGCAGCUUCCGCAUCACUUGCGAGCACGUCAUGAGGGUCCUGCGGGACAACAAGGAGAGUGUCAUGGCAGUGCUGGAAGCCUUCAUCCACGACCCUCUUCUGACGUGGCGGCUGACCAAUGCCCAAUCACCCGCUGGUCCCAACUUCCAAUCCGAGCGCGAGGCGGCUAUCGCCGGCGCCGGUGCUGGCGGCGCGCGCGCCCGACGACCUUCCAUCCUCGACUCAGACGAGCGACCACAGUUCGGCGAUCCGGCCAUCGGCGGACCCCGCGGCAGGGCCCGAACCAACAGCUCUGCUGUGCCGCCCGAUGCGGCUGGUGGCAGCAGCCUCAUCAACGGUGGCGGCGGCGCUGGCCAGCAGGACCCGGCCGAGAUCCAGAACGCGCGGGCGCUCGAGGUGCUGGACCGAGUGCAGCAGAAGCUGACGGGCAGGGACUUCAAGCCCGGCGAGGAGCUGGACGUCAUCGGGCAGGUGAACAAGCUGAUAAUGGAGGCGACCAAGCUCGAGAACUUGUGCCAGCACUAUAUCGGAUGGUGCAGCUUCUGCCAGGGUCCUGAUUCUGCCAUGCCAGGCACAGAGCAAGCCCUUGCCGGCGGCGAGCUCCCUAAAAGACGGCGUGCACACCACAAGAAGGUUAGGACGGGAUGUAAAACAUGCAAAUGCACCACCAGCAAGCGGGAGUGUACCUACGCAAGCAACCACCGCACUCCGGGUCCUCCCGCUUCUCGGGACAUCCUUGGUCAUACGGGUAUUCCGGGGAAGAUGCUCAUGCCUCGGCAGAACCCAAACGAGAUCCGAAGUUACCAGUAUUUCGUCGAAGUCACAGCGUGCUCGCUGGCCGGCUCGUUUGAUACUGACUUCUGGUGUCGGGAGCUGCCAAAGAUUUGUGUCGCUGAUCCCGCGCUUUGGCAUGCGGUUGUAGCGCUCGGAGCGGUCCACGAGAUUGGCUCUUCUGCAGGCACCGCUGCGAGCCCCCCUGCUUCUAAGGAGAGGCAGUCAUUCGCGCUGCAGCAAUACAAUGCCGCUAUCCGAAGCCUGAGAGAGUCCGGCCCGCCGCGCUACACCAAUGGCUGGAGAGCUGCCAUCGUCUGUGCCAUCUUCACGUGCAUCUGCAUCAUACAGGGACUGUACAAGCAGGCACUGACAGUCCAUGUGGUCGCGGGCUGCAAGCUGAUACGAGAGCUACAGGCCGAAGAGCAGGCCUCGCUCUCUCAGCCCCUGACCUUCACUUUGCAUGACGCGCUGAGUACACAACCAAUCGAUAUCCGCCCUGUGCGGAACCUGCUCUUCCACGUGGAGAAUGUUGCCCACUCCCUUACCACUGGCGGUUAUGCCGACCCCAGCACCCUCCCGGGCCUCACUCAGAGUGACAAGUACGGCCUGUGGUGCUUCUACAAAUCUCCUGGCACUCUUUUGGGCUGCACUCGGCACUUGAUCGCGUCGCAUAUCGUCAAGGCGCUUCGAGCUGCCGAAUCUCUACAGAACGGUCUCAAUCUCUGGUGGCAGGAGAACAGACACCAGACCAACUUGCUAUAUGGUGAUACAGGAAGGACAGAGAUCUACACUACGCUGAUCACACGACAAGCGGCUUAUGCCCGAUGCUACAAAGCGCUCCAAAGGACCGUCAAGAGGUUGCAAGCCGACAUUCCGCCUCGCGACCUCGCCAAUUUUGACAACGAGAUGGCGUUACUUCAACUAGCACAGGCCACGAAUAACUUAUAUCUUCUGGCUGACCCAGAGGAGCCAGACCCGGUUGCCAGAUAUAAAAAGAUGCCGGGCUUGGCACGGCGCAUCGUCGAGCUGAGUGAACAAAUCGUCAGGUCAAAGGGGCUUGAGCGAGUGUCAGCCUCGACUAAAUUAGGUCUGUCUCCUGAUCUCGUGACGAGCAACCCGUUGUUCCUGGUCGCCCACGCCGGCCACUCGAUCUCGACACGCGCGCGGGCCUAUGGGCUACUAAAGCAACCUCGCCUCGAGGGUCUGUGGGAGACGCCGAUGAUGGCGAGCCUUGCCAAGGCCAUGUGGACUACGGAGAAGGAGACACAGGACGCGUGGCAGAGGUCUCAGCCCACUUCUGCCAACGUGCAGAUGGAAGCAGAGGUGUCGAGCCCGUACGGAAGCGAUAACAUAGCUCUCCCAUUUCGUGUCUACAGCGCCAGUCUUCAGUUCUCGGAUGUCAAAGGCGAGGCGAUAGCUAGCAUGGUAACGCACAUGGGCCAGGAGCAGGGCACGCCUCCCGUGAAGAGAGUGAUCCACUGGUAA